GUGCAAGAAGCACUGGCUCUCAAGCUGCAAGAGGCUCGUGAAAAUGGGUUGCCUGGACCCGAAUGUGAUGAACUUCGCGACCUACUGUUUCGCUACAUCGAUGUUUUCCGUCUCUCAUUUAAUGACAACCCGCCGGUGCGAGUCCCGCCGCUGCAGGUGCGACUCAAGGAGGGAGCUCGGCCCGUCAAAGCAAAGGCGCGGCGUUAUCCUCCGGCGCACAAGCCCUACCUUGAGCAACAUAUCCGAGAGCUUGAAAAACACGGACUGGUUAAGAAGAACCACCGCAGUCACUGGGCUUCAGCACCACGGAUCGUGACUAAGCGACCGCCAGAUGACUACCGGAUGACGGUGGAUACGCGCGCU